UGGUAAUAGUAAAGUAAAAGCAAUGGAAACACAUUAAUUCACAUGUUUAGUUACCACCUUCAAGCUUAAUGUGUGCGACCAGAAGCAAUAAAGUCCUCCACACUUAGACUCACAGACCCCUGAGGAUGUCGUUAGGCGUGGGCCACAAAUAGCUCUGACAUGUGUUGCACUGAGCGAGCCCGGCUCCGCUUGGUUCUGUCAAUCACAGCACAGAACAAGAUGGCCGGCUGCAGGAGCUGGAUCCUCUGCUUCACAGUUUGUGCUGUCAGUGUGUUUGGGGCCACUGCAGAGAUCAAGGUCACCAUUCCUGUCGGGAGGUUCUUCACGUACGAGCUGAUGAGAGAGACUUUCCAAAAUGAUUUUGAGCCUUUGUCACGAAUCUAUGCUGGACAUUUGUACGACGACCCCAUGAUAUUUAAGUGCAACCGGCAGAACUUCCCCGACCUCCCGGAGUGGCUGCGCUUCACCCAGCGGCACCCGUACGAUAACGGCUUCCUGUACGGAACGCCGACAGCUCCAGGGAAAACCAUCGUUGAGAUUUAUGCCGUCAACAAACGCAGCUAUGAAACAACCAGACACAUACUAGUGAUCAAAAUGGUUGCAGAGAAGAUGCUGCCUUUUCAAGCCGAGUUCUUCAUCCAGCUGAGGGAGAUUGAGAAGGUGCUGCCCUCUUCUGUCCAGGAUGAGAUAAAGGCUGAUUUACAGAGGCUGUGGGAGACGGACACGCUGGAGGUGGUCAAUAUCACCAACGCCCUGGACCGCGGCGGCCGCGUCCCUCUCCCUCUGGCAGGACACUACGAAGGUGUGUACGUGAAGGUGGGCUCGGAGCGCUACUUCUCAGAAUGCCUCCUGAAGGUGCUGACAGCUGAACACACGAGGCAGUGCCAGGCGGGGGCCAGAAUCAAGGUCCCCGGGGGGUGUAACUUCUGCAGGAUUCCUGGCAACUGCAUCACCUGGUGCAGAACGGAGCUGUUCGAUCUGACGAAGCAGGAGCCGGCCCCCCCUGCUCCCACCAUGGGGUCAGGGGUCCUGGAGGGUGGAGGCGACUUCACCCCCCUCGAGUCCCCCCCCAGCAGAGACUACUUCCCAGACUACAUUGUGACAGUGCUGGUGCCCCUGAUAAUUAUCAUCAUCCUGUGUCUCCUGUUGGCCUACAUCAUGUUUGGGAGACGGGAGGGAGUUGAGAAAAGAGAUGCAAAGACAAACCAAAUCCAGCUGCACCACCACCACACCAUCCACGGCAACACGGACGAGCUGAGGAGGAUGGCCGGGGACCGGAGCGCCACCCCGCCUUUGUCCACGCUGCCCAUGUUCAACAGCCGGACCGGCGAGAGGGCUCCGCCUCUGCAGUCGGACAGCCCCACCGUGCCCCUGAUCCGGGCCCAGCAUGAUCCCUACACUGACACGCUGCCCAGAUAACCUGCUGGAGGAUUCCUGCUGCAGCGCUGCCUUCAUUCUGGUUCAUGUUUAGGUGUUUGUUCAUGUAUUAUUUAUGAUUCAGAAAACACAGAUUCAUCACAUUGUCUGAUUUUUCAGGAGGUAAAAACAACGAUGGGUGAAGUGCUAGUGAUAUAUUUGCUGUUUGGAUUCAGUAAUAGCCGAGGCUGAUUCUUUAGGUGACAUUAAAAUAAAUUAAUAGUUUGCUGUUUAAUAAUAAUUUGUGUUAUUAUAUUGUUUCCUGUACCUAACUAUAUUUAAACACCAAUAAAAAAAUCAAAACACCUGUAA